CCACAGAAACGGCUUUGACUGCACACAAUGAAGCGCGGAAACUUCACUAUAUAACUCCCACGCCUUUCUCCCUUUUCCUUAACCCAAUUGCUCGCUCUUUUCUUCCUUUUCAGUUUAAAGGAAAAGUCAUGGCUCCUAGAUCAAAACCCAUUAACCCCAACUCCAACCUGGUUUCCAUGGAGAUUCGUUAUCGCGGCGUUAGAAAGCGCCCAUGGGGACGCUACGCGGCCGAGAUCCGGGACCCGAGAAGAAAGACGCGAGUUUGGCUCGGCACCUUCGACACAGCUGAGGAUGCAGCGCGUGCUUACGACGCUGCCGCACGAGAGUUCCGUGGCGCUAAGGCCAAAACGAAUUUCGCCGAUAGCAACUUCACGCGUAGCCCCAGCCAUAGCAGCACCGUGGAGUCUUCGUCGCCUCCGCCUCCGUUGGACCUAACUCUCGCCGUGACGGCGAAUCGUCCUCAGUUUUUCUUUGACGCUUUUGCUUCAGCCGGGUCGGGUUACCCCCUAUCAUGUGGGGCUCAAAGCGAUACCGAUUCGUCGUCUUGGGUUGUUGAUUUUGAAGGAGGCGGCGGGCAAGUGAGAGAGUUUGAUCUUGAUCUUAAUAAGUUGCCAGCCGAAAUGAAGUAAUUUUUUCCUGCUUUUUUCUUUUAAUAAUUAAAAGCUGAGACAUAAUGUAUAUAAAAAAUUAUAAAACUUUCUUUCUUUUUUUUUUU